UGUUGACCGUACGUGGCGAGUGAUCCAAACAGUGCGUGUAGUUGGUGUAGUGUUUGUGGUCGGAAGGCAGACAGGAGGCAAUGAUGGUGCAUAUUUAAUUUAAGAGAAAUCUUUUUAAAAAAUAAUUGUGGGCGGAAGAAAAAAGCCCCCCCCCUUUGCUGCUCUGCGUUGUAUUUUAUUUUGCACGUUUUAUUUUAAACUAGUACUUUAUAAAAGUCGGCAUCAUUGCCAGACAGGAAUAUGUCAGAGAUGGAGUCAUCCCUUGAGCUCACCACUUCUCUCCCGGGUUCGUCUCUUCCCCCUCUUCGUUCUCGGAUCUUCAAAAUUAUCGUGAUCGGAGAUUCCGGGGUGGGAAAAACGUGUCUCACCUACAGGUUCUGUGCUGGCAAGUUCCCGGAAAAGACGGAGGCCACCAUCGGGGUCGACUUCAGAGAGAAGGUGGUGGAGAUUGAUGGCGAGAAAAUCAAGAUCCAGCUCUGGGACACCGCGGGCCAGGAGCGCUUUCGCAAGAGUAUGGUGCAGCACUACUACCGCAACGUGCACGCCGUGGUCUUCGUCUACGACGUCACCAACGCCUCGAGCUUCCAGAGCCUGCCGGCUUGGAUCGAGGAGUGCAAGCAGCACUCCCUGGGCGUGGAGGUGCCGCGCAUCCUGGUGGGCAACAAGUGCGACCUGCGGGACGCCGUCCGGGUGGGCACCGACCUGGCGCAGAAGUUCGCCGACUCCCACAGCAUGCCCCUCUUCGAGACCUCGGCCAAGAACCCCAAUGACAACGACCACGUGGAGGCCAUCUUCAUGACGGUGGCCCACAAACUCAAGAGCCAGAAGCCCUUGGUGCUGAGUCAGCCUCUGGGCACAGAAAGCACCGUCCAGCUGCAGCAAGAGCACAAGAGCGCCUGGGUGUGUGGGUGCUGAGAGUCGGGUGCUAGGAGGAGGAACACUGUCCGGUCGCUUGUGUUUUUGUGUGUUUCUUUUAGGGAAAGCGAAUAGGGGGAAAAUCUCCUUGAGUGGCCUUGUAACCCUCUGAAAAAGAUGAGGUUACUACUUACGAGCUAACAUAAUGCCUUUACUGUGGGGUUAGAAAAGCUGGAACAUCUAAGAUCAGAGAACUAAAGAGUUAAUGUACACAUUAGGCAAGUUUGCAUUAACAGUACAGAUGGCCUUGGCCACUUUUGUCAGUAAAGAAAAGUGGUGCGUUGAAAACCAUUGCCAAACCCCGUAUAAACACCUUGGUCAGUCACCAUUAUCCAAUUGCAGAUGGAAAUACUUAAAGAAAAUGUGCAUUGCGUGUUUAUAUACAUUCACAAUUAUGCUUAAUUUGUCUUAAAUAUUAGUCUUGUGCUAUCUUACAAAAGAGAAAUUAAGAACUUAAAUAUUGCAUUACAAAUGGUAAUGUGCAUUCAAUUAAGAUGAUUGCAUACACUAUAAUGACUAUAGUUCCAGUGUGUGAAUGAACAGUAUUACUGUUCCAGCUGGUGUCUUGCUUUCUGAAGUACAAAUACAUACAGAUUGUGAGAGUUGUUGGAGGAGGCUUAUUGACAGUGGGCCACUGAUAUCGUAUAUGUAACCAUGUGUGUUGUUUGAUUAUUUUCAGGCAACCUUGGUUAUGAAAGUAACACAUCAUUAGUAAGUCCAUUAGCCCAACUCUUUUGGCUUUGUUAGAUUCAGUCCCUGUGAUUUCUGGGGGUAGAUCUUCAUCUAGCAGGUGUCUCCUCCAUUGUCAGCCUGUGUGAUUUUGAUAAACGUUCUGAGGAAUCAUCUUCCAGGAGGUUGAAGAGCUUGUGGAUGUUUAGGAGAGUCCGUGUUUGAGCUAACCUGGGCCACAAACAUUGUUUUUAACUGAAGGGAAAAGGAAAGAGAUCGGGGAAGAUGGAUUUCGAAAGUCUUCUAGUGCUUUAAAGCUCACAACUACUUCAGGAAAAAAAAGGGAUUUUUUUUAAGUACAGGGGAAGGAAGGAAUAAUGAAUUAUUAAUGGAAAAGGUUAAGAAAAAUAAUUUUUAAACCUCAGUUUAUUCCAGUCACUUCAUCUUUCCACGUCGUGGCGCUGGGGAGUUACAUGGUGUGGGUUAGAUGAGAGGAUUUUGUUUUGGUCUGGCAGAGCAACUUAGAUAUUGCUCCUGCGAAAGGACAUAACACAGUAAUUAUAAAGUAGGUUGUGUGUAAAGUUUUCCUGUCUGAUUUGCUGGUUUUAGUAACCUGCAGUGGAACUGAGCAGUCUUCUGUUUUCAUUCCAGGCGACCUAGUGAGUAUGGGCUAUUUGUAAUCUUUGUUCUGACCUUUACCAUUGUGUUGGGGAAGGGGGUGAUGUUUUCUAUGGUUUUCAUAGCUGUGUAUUUUUCCUACGCCGAAUCAGGUUUAGUCUGAAUACUGUUUUUCAGCAACCUGACAUUACUGGUUCCAAAAAGUUAGAUUCUUAAUUUUGAAUUCAUCAGUCCCUAGCUGUAGGACUUUCUUCAUGCACCUAUGCACAAGUAUUUCAGGAACACUGUGGAGCACAUACUGUACCCUCUUAGUAAUAAAACUAAGCAUUGCUCACUUAGUACCAUGAAAUUCCCUGUGUGAAACAAAUACAUAUAUACCUAAUAGUUGCAACUGAACUGAAGUAUUCUCACAGCUGGUUCUGUGUAUUAUUUUUUUAAUUGCCAGUUUACUUUUUAACCUGAGAAGAUGGAAGGAUUUGUGAGUGAGCUUCCAUUGUCAAAAACCUGUCUCUGUUUUGUCUGGUGAAACACUCUAACACUUGUGUUAAAUGGGUCUAAAAAUCUAAUUUUAUUCCCUGCUCACGCAGAAACACAUUAGAACAUAAUUUUGUGACACCUCAUGUGUCUAUGCAUGAUCUAACUGUAUAUGAUUCACUGCAAAAUCAAUAGCUGUCAGAACCCAACCAAAAUCAUUGCAUUAAAUAAAUAUAGACUGAGCAUCAAAAAAAUGUCAUUACUCAUAAAUGCAACAAAUCACAGAAGUGCCAGGAAAAUGCCUCUUUUUGUAGCAGGUGCACUGAAAUUCUGUGGUAUGGACAAGACAGACGUAAAUGCACUGGUAAUGAUUAACAUUUGUCAUUGACAGGAUUGAUUAGGUAAGAUCUGCUGUGGAAGACACAGGCUAGUAAUUUCUGUGGCCACAGGGAGAAGCCCUUUGCACUGAUGUUUUUGUGGAUUUCUGUCCCAUCCUUCUGUUCCCAUUCCCAAUAACCUUUUGCCAGUUUUGAAUUCCUGGAGCCAGGAUUUAAUCCCGAAGACCUCAGUUUUAUCCCGGAUGUUUAAAGUUGGGAAACUUCAAAGUUCUGUAUUCCCAUAUAACUGUAUCCUUGUAACAUUUUAAAAGAAAACUGUUGCAAGGUGGCAUAAAUUGAAACAUUUCAGUGAACUUCUAGGUACUUGAACAGCAUUUGUUUAGAGCUUGGAAGGCAAAAGCACAGCAGUCAAGCAUAUACACCAAUGGCCUACAGCAAAUUAGUGACAUGAAGUCACAGACUAGUGGUUUCUGUGCCACAGGGGAAGCACUACAAGAUGUACAUGUGAAACUCAGUCUUUGCACUGGGAUGCAGAUGCUUUUUGUGGCUUUCUGUCCCUAUUCCCAAUAAGCCUGUGCCAAUUUAUAGGUCUCUGAGCCCUAGACACUACACAUUGCCCCAUCUCAUGUUGCAAGAAAGACAUUGUCACACGAGCAACUUCAGGAUGUGACCAGUUGGGAUGUUAAGAGGACAGCCUGAGACUGAAAGAAGGGUGGCAAGUAAGGCCCUAGGGCUUGAGCAGUGUAGUAGUGUGCAGUCAGGUUGCCAUCAAUCAGUUGAUGGUGAAGCAUUGUGAUUCUUGGUUGUCCAAAUCCGGGCAUAUCAUGGAUAUUUAUCUAUGUCAUCUUGCUAAGUUAAAAACCUCUUGCUGUGAAUACCCCAAAUAGUGAGCAAUAGGAUUUGAAAUUAGUCCAGCCUUCAACACACCUAUAAGGCAAAGGUGUUGUCGUCUUGUUAAAUGGGGUAUAUCGCUUACUUUCUGUUUGUCUUUAUUGAUUUUCACCAAGCUUGAAAUGCAGCAGAUUGAAUCAUUUCAUCACCUGUGUCCAGUCAACACUCUGAUCAAGGUGACUUAGUGCUUAUGCAACAGUCAAAGUCACUGCAGUGCAUCACUGUUAGUUAUGAAGGGCCUGUCAAAAACAAAUAUCCAAAACCCAUAAGCUUCGUCUAAAGGCAUACGUGUAAAGUAGUAAUGACUUUCUUUUGAUGCUCAUUAUACUCUUUAUUCCAGUGUAUCCUAUUUUAAUUCAUCAUGGAGAACAAAACCUUUUAAGCUUUACUACUACAAUAAAAGGAACAUGUAAACAUGUUAAUUAGGAGGAAUGAUACACUAUUAUAGAUUUACUCAUUUUUAUAUUCAAUAAUUAGUUUUCAUUUAGGGCUUUGAAAGGUUUGCAUUUACAGGUGGUGUAAACAUUUGCAAAGCAUGGAUUUUUUUUAAUUGAACUCUGUUAUUCAGGUCUCUCUGCUGGCAUUGCUAGAGGGCUUGACAUUUUGUUUAUGUGUUAUCUAAUUUACACGGAGAAGAUUGCAUCCUGGGAGCCAGGAUUUAAUCCCAAAUACCUCAGUUUUAUCACAGAUGUUUAAGGUUCACAAACUUCAAAGCUCUGUAUUCUCAUAUAACUUUAUCCUUGUAACCUCUUUAACGAAAAUUGUAGCAAGUUGACCAUUGCAGUGAACUUGUGAGCACUUGAACAGCAUUUGUCCAGAAUUAAUAAGCCAAAAACACAGCAAUCAAGCGUAUAUACGCUAGGUUAGUGACAUCAAGUCUGAAUUGUGAGCCUAGACCAAAAUACACGCCGAAAAUGGUGGAACUAAAAAAAAAGUACCAUUAAAACGUAAGAUUGUCAAACUACGGUACAUAUACAGUAUAUUUAGAUAUUUUUAAUUUCUCACUCUUAUCUAAUCAAGUAAUAAUUUCAUAUUUUUCAGGAAACUUGAGCCAUAAGGGGGGCUUUGAAGGCAGUGGUCCUGAAAGCAUGUUAAUGGUUUUAAAAUGUUGGUGGGUGGUGGUAGCGUUUUCUCCUUGAUAGAAAGUUGUAGGAGGUACUGGGCCACAGAUACCCCAUUUUUUAUGUUAUCUGAGUCACAGGUACUGUGGAUUUUACACCUGUUUUAUAUUUAAAAAUCAAAAGUACAUUUUUGGGUUGGCUCUGAGAAAUUCCACUAUGCAGCCCACUUUGACAGAGAUUAAACUUGUAAAUGCUGUAGGGCAGGGAUCUCCAUCUUUUUUCCUGGAGAGCUUAGCGUCUUCUGCUUCUUUGUUCUAUCAAAGUUUUCAGUCACAUAGCUGGUCUAAUUACUUAGCUGCCUAAUUGCAAUGCAUCUGACCAGGCUCUCAGUGGUGUUUUACAGGUAACUGCACAACAAAGUAAAUACUUUGAGUAAUGAACAUGAAAAAGACCCAAUAUAGUGUACAUCAAAGAAAAUAGGGGAACAAAAAGCAGAAAACACAGUCCUCCAGGAGCUGAUUUUGAGACCCUUGCUGUAGAAGAAUAUGCCAUAACCUAGCCACACUUACCUGGAAGCACUCCACAGCUCGACAUAGCCCAGAAAGAAAUGUGGCAUUUUUACCCAAGAACUACCGCAACAAAAAAAAUCUAAAGUUUUCUUCCAAAUUUGUGGGCUAUAAAAAUGGGUUUUAUUGAACAAAUGAUAAAUCCCAUUCCUCUUUUGUCUUUCUUGUCACUAAAAAUAACUAAAAUAUUCAAUUUGCUCAGUAAAUAAAUAAAUUGUUGUACUGGACAAUUCCACACCGUUUUCCAGAAUCCCAUUCUUUUUUGGAGGAUUUCCCUUUGAUCAAAUGUUUGCCGAUAAGAUGAUAGUGUUAUUUCAGGAAUUUCAGUCAGAUGACAAAAAUAAGCAGAAUGUGCUGUUUAUCAUGAUUGUGGUUCCUUUACAGUUUUAAAAUAGAAUCAAUAUGCAAAAUAAAAAUGGCCCUGCAACACCGCUCGCUUGCUUAAAAUGCUCUUCUCAAAACCUCCAGGGAUUGUGCACAAGCAAAACUAUUAAAGUAUUGCCUUAAGUGAAAUAUGUAGCUGCACUUUAAAACAAACCUGCCAGGUAAAUGUUUGCAUACAUUCUAAGUAGAACUGUGUGGUUUGUUUUCAUUUUAAAGUUAUCUGAAGAACAAAGGCCACCAGUUUAGUAUUGUUGGUUACAUAUUUAGGGAGUUUAUUUCCAUGUUUGGCACAACAACUACACAAGAUGAUAAUUUGCUCAUUCGUACUGUACUUGCUUAUAAGGCCCCAGACAUGACCAUUCCGGGCUUCGGUUUGAUGACUAGAAAGUGGUCAUCACUAUGCCUUUGCCAUCGGAACUGGGCUUGACUUGUAUAAAUAUAUCAUGGAAUUGUAGAUGGUUCUUGUUGGUGUACAAGCCUCUGGUAGCCUAAAGGGUUUCCUCCACCGAGUUUAAAAAUAAGCUGGUCAAUACACCACAGUACACAAACACUUCUCGUCUUGCCUUAAAAGCGAGAGAUCAGUUUGCAAUUUUUUUGUAUUACAGAAAUUGCCCACCGAUAACUAUUUUCUGUAUGUCACACAGACAAGUUUGGCUGCAGAUACAGAAGUCGUUUGCCGCACGUUCAUUGCCAUCUUGUUUUUUUUUGUGUCAAAUUUAGCAGUUUGCCACAAAUGCUAUGCUGGCAUCUUUCUAAAACCUGUUCCACCAUCAUAAAAUAUACAGGUCAAAUUCCCGACAUCCCUUGUAAGAAUUCAGGAUGUCUUUUUUCACUUUUGUCCAAAUGUAAUUUAAAGACCCUGAAAAACUAUUUCAGGGGAGGCUGGCCCAAACAUGAGCAACUGUUGUUUUUUUUCCCCCACAGAUCAAGACUUCAUUUUGAGAAGCAUUAAUAGUGAAUGGGAAAUAAAAAAAUGGCACGAAAUUCACAAUUUUACAUCCUUGCUCAUGGAGCAAAAUUAAGGGAAAUGUCUUGUUUUAACUGGCAGCAAUGUACAUGUAGCCAUUUUUUAUAUUUUAAUACAAGUAACAUGUUUACAAAUGUUUGUCCUUGCUGUUAUGUUAAUGUGCAAUAAAGUUGCUGGAGCAUUUUAGUAAUUUG